UUCCUUCAGUUCUGUUUCAGUUUCGAGUCCGUGCAGUCGUGUUGGCCGGAGUGAAAAGCGUCGAGGAAAACUUGCAAAACAAAAAAAAAACAACAGAACAGAGCAGAGAAAAUAGAAAUACAAAUAGAAAUAGAAAUAGAGAAAAGUAAAUAAGCAAACAAGUGCAGUUUCGCUGGGAGAGUGUUGAGGAAAAGGGAGAUUAAUCCCCCGGAUCUAGCAUAGAUAUACCUAGAUACCUACAUUUUGGUGGUCCCAACACAAAAAGCACGGAGUGCUGAAAAAGCUGAGCAGCCCCCCCUUGAAGUAGCCACAAUCAUGUCGACGUUGCCCUUCCUGCUGAGCGUCGCCGACGAGCUGGACAACAUACACUCGCAGUCCUACAUGGACGACUUUGGCCUGGGCUUCCAUCCGCACCGGCAGUACUAUCGCACUCCAACCAUCCAGCUGUCCCUGCCCGCCAGCACCGACUGGACGGGAUCGAGGGAUUGGACGGGCCAUGCGGCAGUGGGCAACCGGCAUAGUCGCUAUCGCAGCUACAAGUUCUACGAUGACUCACAAAACAAUCUGGAGGAGGAGGAGCAGCCGGUAGAGGAGCCAAUGCAGCAGUUGCCCAUGGAGCAGGUGGAGUUGCCGCAGCAGCUGGUCCAGCAGGACAACCAGACGAUAUCGCAGGGCCAGCAGACAUCGAGUGGAACUGCCACAUCCGCUCCAGCUCGCCAGGGUCUGGGCAUGGUCACCUCACAUUCCCACGAUGUGGGUGUGGGUGGAAUGGGAUUGAAUCUAAAAGCUGGCGAGGAGGAGGAUGAUGAGAACAUCGAUCGCACCGUGCGCAUGUAUAAUUUGUCCAAGAAGUGCUGCAAGAACUACUAUCGCCAUGCCCUGGAGACCGGACCUGGUGCCAGUGGCAAGAUGAAGUGCAGCAACCUGCGCUCCGAGAGCCACAAGUCCAGCUCCAGCUCGGAGGAGAGCCUCCAGAAGAUACCCUCGCCCAUAGAGUUCCUCACCUGCUUCCUGGUGAAGAAGUCGCGCACCCCCAAGGCCAGUGUGCCCGUGGGCCAGCCUCUGAAGAAGACAUAGAACUCGGCCCGGCUGCUGCCAGCAGCUAUGUCCGCCAGGACCAGCACCACCAUCAGCUCCACGGCCACCACCAGCGGAGCCGUGACCAAUGCGUCCACGGACACGGACACGACCACGUCGAAGCGGCGGAGCAACUGCUUCUGAAUGUUGGCCGGAGUCGGAGUCGUCUGUGGCCAGGCCUGGAGUUGGCUCCAGCGGUGCGGGGAGCUGCCCAGCUCGGAGCCCGCCUCCUUGCCAGCGACGCGCCUGGGCAGGAUCACCUACUAGGCGUCCGACUCCGAUUCGCUGUCAGGGGUGCAUGUUUGGUAUAUGUAUAUGAUUUGGCACUGGGAUAACCUCUGGCUUAAAUGUUGAAGUUAAUGGAUUUUAUCGAAAAGAUUUUGAAAGGUUAGCGAUUUCGAUUUGCACUGAAACGGGGCUUUCCAUUCGCAAUUCUUACAUUUUGUAUUCAACCUUGAACCCAAAAAUUGCAUUUAACGCGAACAUAUAGGUAUGUAAAUUAAAUAAUUUAGAAUGCGUUUUUGUGUAAUAUCUAACCAUGCUUUCAUUAUUUGGUUCCAAGAAUAUUUCCAACAAAUACCACAAAAUCUCCGAGCUAUCUGUUUGUCAAAUUCGAUUCCAUUGAAAACCCCGUGUAAGCGAUUUAUCAGUGCAAACAUUCCCUAACCACAAUUUGCAAGCAACUACAGGCCAAAGCAAAUCGAAGCUUAUAACAACAAAUAAUAUUACCAAGAACUAUACAUACAGGUAUAGGAAAUUUAAAGUAUGACAUAUAAAUAAAAAUAAACUAUUCAACCAACACCGAAAAAACUUUUUUGCAAACCAAAUACACAAAAUUUUUAAAGCCAGAUUUAUACCAAAAUAAGAAGAUACCAAGAAUUUGUUAAGCAAACAUUUUUUAUACAAUUUUUUGAUACCAAGGAAAAGAUAUAACUUAUAUAUGGAUAUUAUAUUAAUAAUGGGAAGUUUAAUUAAAUCAAGGAAAGGAAAUUCAAGCUGAGCCAAUAUCUUUGGGUAAUACUUAUGGUUCCAUUUUAGUUUUUGGUACUGUUAAACAAAAGAGGUAUAAUACUUUCAGGGAAACUUUUAUAAACACCUAUUGCCAUUUUAAUUUUUUUUUUCUAAUGAAAAUUUUUCUAUUUUUGUUAUCUACCUUCAGGUAUUGGUUGAGUUUGGAACUCCUCACAAUUUUAUAAAAGCUGUUAGCUGUUUUAAGCCAAAUAAAUUGCGGGCUAAUUCAAUAGGUCUUCUGGCACACACACACACAAAACACAAAUAAUACCCCAAUAGCAAUGUUUCAUUUUCACACAAAGACAGGAAAGUUUAGUUUUUUCCUAUUUCUCCCAGCUAACUGAAAAAUGUUGGCGGAAAAAGGAAAAUUUUAGUAAAGCUGGGGGAACUUUUGCACAAUGUGGGCAAGUGUUUGGGCCAAAAGGGUGGUGGGUGGUCUGGUGGGGGAUAGUGGGCCCUAUGAAAAGUGAAACAUGUUUUCAAUUUCCUUUUUUCGGGGGACUGUAAACAAGUCAAUAGCGAACUACGGCUAAGGACAAACACACAGAAGACCUUGGUCCCAAUUUCAAAUUAGUAGAAAAGCAAAACAGAAAAAAAAGGAAACGCAAAGAAAGAUUUUGUAGCAGAAUUGUAAACGGAAAACUUUGGCGAGGCUUGCGUCUAGUUAAAUGCUGGAAUACAGAUAUAACAGAAUAAAUAUAUAUAUUUAUAGUUUUGUAGUCAGAUAUUCUCUUGCGUGUUCUAAAUGUAUUCUAAAUGUUGAACAAGAAAAUAUUUCAAAUGUAUUUACAACUAAUCAAGAAGAACAUUUUAUAUAUAUGUAUAUGUAUACUAUAUGUGUAGUCACACUGUUUGCACUUUUCAGAGUUUAGAAACAAGGCAUAAAGUAAAAAUACCAAAAAUAUAUCUAUAUAAUAUAGUAUAUAUAUCACAACACUCAUAGCUUUACCGCAACAAAAACGAAAUAAAUUCAAAACUCAGCAUCAUAUCUUUCGGAUAAAUGUAAUAUCUAAGAGCUCCCAACAGAUACCAUAAAUAUGCCACAAAGAAAAUGUUAAUGAAAAUUACCUAGCUGUAGUUUGGACUAACGAUUUUUGCCAGUAGCUCUUGCAAAACUUUUAUCUAGAUGGAAAAGCAUUUUAACAUUGGCCAACUCGGUCGUCACUCAUCUAACCGAUAUACUCGAAAUCAAAGUAAUUUAGACGUUCCUCAAAACUUGAUCACUUGCAUGGCAAAAGAAAACCUCUCGUAACUACAUACUUUAUCAACGAAGAACACACUCAACGCAUAUCAUUCCAAUACAAUAGAUUUCAGCUAAAUCGUAUUCAACUUGAGAUUCAAUAAAUAAAUAUGCGAAAAUAUAUAUGAAA